AUGCAGGCACUUCUGACUCGCAGACGUAAUAGAAUCUCGUUGUCAUGUGUAGAAUGCAGGAGGCGCAAGACUAAAUGUGACAAGAAGAAACCACAAUGUACUCGUUGCGCGAAAGCUGGAAACUCGUGCAAUUACACACAUAACAAAGGGAACCACCUCUCGAGUACAGAAGGUGAUGCCACUGGUAAUCUCGACGCAACAGUCUCCUCGGCACCUUUUUCGACAACUCCCCUUUCCUCUAGUGCUCCGCCAAAGGACCCCCAUAUCUUCGAGCCAAUUGUACCUUCGCAACGUUGGCAUGAUCUAUCCAUCAGUCUUGAUGAUUCCGAGGAUACAAUAGUUGCGAUUAACCAGAGAAGUUAUCCACACAAACCUAACUCGAUUAUGGCGAUGAGCCAAAGAGACCGAUAUCUACGAGCGUUCAUCGGCUCCGUUUGGGGAUGCACAAUCUCGGCUGGAGAAAAGUCGUCCUCAGACCUCAAAAAGGGAGAAAAGUCUGUUUACCAUUUUGUUGGUGACAUCAUCCAGCAUUCGCGUGUUCGUCAAAAAGAUAAUAGCUUUUCUGCACUUAUGCAGUAUACUCUUUUUGCGCGUGGUCCUACGUUGGAAAACUCUUUAAUGCCAAAUUGCCCAUUACCAGAUGAGCUUGCACAAACUCUCACGGAAAUACAAAACAUUAUUCCUACGAUACCUGCGGUAGAGCUAUUACUAAAAUACUUCUACUCGACAAUAUAUCCGAUUUAUCCGUUCUUGGAUGUAGCAACGUUCGAAAAUUGCAUACGCUGUCUCCUUCUCAAAACUCAUGAUAUGCCCUCCAAAUACAAAAUAGAGCUAAAUCCGAGAGAAAUUCGGAAAUCAUUAGAAAACUUAUGCAUUCUACUUGUGGUGUUGAAACUUGCCCACGCAGCUAUGUCCAGGGAUCGCGAUCCACUUGUAACGCAGGUUGCAGCCUCUAUGGGAUUGUUUACUCACAACACGGUGCCUGAUCAAGCUUUGGCCAUUAUGCAAAAAUGUUUGCUUCUCUUGAACAUCACCACUUUCACGAGUGAAGACAGCUUAUGCUGUUUACUCUAUUAUUGGGUACACCACUCUUUGUUGGGCAUGAACGCUACCCUCAGACUUCCUUCCCAGGUGGUAUUGGCACUCGACUCAAUACUGCAGCUGGCGACCAUUUUAAGAUUACACAAAGACCCAUCAUCGUUCAAAACAUUGAUGAAGCCUUCUCAAUUUGAUAUAAGUCUUUUUAACUACAGACGCAAGCUCUGGUUAGGCGUUACCAUUAUAAGAAUGAGCGAACUCUUACCUAACGGGUGUGGCUCAUACUUGACUACUACAGUUUUUUUGAAAACUUUCAUGGAACAUAAGCACCACAAUUCUACCUACAUGUCAGCAGUUGUGGCUGAUUCUAUGAGCCCUGAUGAUUUCGAUAUUCGGUUGCAUGAUCUGUUUUACAAAGAAUAUAAGAUGUUCAUUAUAUGGGGACAGCUGUGCACUACCUGUUCACCACUGAAUGAAUCUAUAUUGCUCUCGAGCAUUCAUAAAAUAAUGGCUCAAUGUGAAAGCCGUUUGAACCAGUUAUUUCCCCUAUCGCAUCUCAAUUGUAUUGUGGUUGAUGAGGAUGUAUCAAUGAGAAACAUUGGUAAGGCUACCGUAUUUCCUAAUAUUAAUUACAGUCAUAUUCGAGCGAUUAAAACGUUUUCAUCAAACCUUCAAGGUAGGCUGAUUCUGCUCACCAUCGCAGGAACCUUGGCGCAUGGCCUUGAAAAUAAAAUCAGACUAGGUUCAUCGGAAUAUUUGGAGCCAUACCGACAUUUCACCAUAGAGAGCUUUCGCUACUGCAUGGAAUUAGUGAAACUUUUACUCAAAUACCUGACUGGUGAGCUACAGGACAGUCUUCCCCCGAAAUUUGGGUACUUUUUCAACAGAAUACUAGUAUUUUCUUUACUCCGAACCUGUAUGAGUUUGACGAGUUUAGUAAUCCGGUUGUCUUUUCGUGAAUUUUAUCUGGAAAGUACAAUACGUUCCGAGUCAUUUCUAUAUGAAAAUUCGCAGCAUUCAGGAGCUGCACGUCAAUUGGGAUUGACCAAAAGAGUGAAAGAAAGCAUAGAGUCACUUCUUAUAUCUCUGAUUGCAAUUUCAUCGAGAACAGUGUGCAGAGACCAUUAUGGAUGUCAUAAGACGAUAGCCAUCUUCAAAUACGUUGCCCAUUUGAUCGAAGUAGGAAGCUUAUUCGAUGCAACAAAUCGCCUAUGGGAUCAAAUACUGGCUGGAAAAGAAAUUUCCGAAACACUAAGAAAUGGUAUUUUAUUCAAACUAGGAAUUGAUUUGGAAGAAUCGAAAGCAUUGAAGGAAGAGCUUUUCGAUGUCCAUGUUAUGGAAGCAUUUGAUGAUGACGUGAUAGCAAAUUUUUACUCUUCUUUGGAUAGCUUGGAUUUGAAGAACCUCUCUUCUUUGUCUACGGACAUGUUCCAGUCAGAGCGUGCAGAAAAGCAACAAGACGUGUUUCCGGACGGCAUGUUUGAUGAUUCGAACAUGUUUUCUGGUGACGUGCUCAAAUAUUUUGACAUUCUUGAGGAUUCUCUCGAUGACAUAUCAAUGUUUGAUCCCACUUGA